AAAAAACCCCAUCCUGCAAUUCAGACUGUAGCGAUGGCUGGAAAUAACGAAACCGACAAUAAACCCCUCCCGGAAGGCAGUGGGAAUCCCGAAGAGGUUGAAGCUGCCAUGGAUGCUGCAAAACAUGAUACGGCUCAGGAAGAAACGGUCUCCAACAAACCUAGGAGAACUCUGUUCGUUCGAUCUCUUCCCGCCUCAGCUACGACUGAGAAGUUGGCGGAACAUUUUUCGCAAUCCUAUGUUCUUAAACACGCGUUGGUCGUGAAUGAUUCCGAGACAAAGCAGUCCAAGGGGUACGGUUUUGUGACGUUCGCUGAUGUUGACGAUGCGAAAGCCGCUCUGGAAGAGUUCAACGGUACCACUUUCGAUGGGAAAAAGAUCAAAGUCGAUUACGCUCAACCCCGUCACCGUACAAUCGAUGAGACUGCGGGAAAGAGCGUACCGUCAUCUACUUCUCUUGAACUUAAAAGACAGAGAGAACAAGAGAGGGUGACCGCUCAGCCACCCAAACUGAUCGUUCGCAACCUGCCUUGGAGCAUCAAGGAACCUGAUGAUCUUGCGGUCCACUUUAGAAGUUUCGGGAAAAUCAAGCAUAUCAAUCUUCCAAAGAAGGGGAAUAAACUCGCAGGAUUCGGUUUUGUGGUUUUGAGAGGGAAGAAAAACGCCGAGAAGGCGCUGGAAACUGUUAAUGGGAAGGAGGUGGAUGGGAGAACCCUAGCUGUCGACUGGGCUGUGGACAAGGAUGUUUGGGAGAAUACACAGCAAGAUAUUCAAGAGCAGAAAGACGAAGAGGAGGAGGAACCAAGUGAUGUUGAAAUGGCAGAGGACCUCGACGCUAGCUCUGAAGAGGAUAGUGAGAAUCUCUCCGAAGACGAGGAGGAUAUGGAUGACAUAGAUCAGAGUGAUGAGAAGGAUGAGGGAGAAAAAGGCGAGGAAAAGGAGGACGAAAGAACUGCGGCCACCGUCUUUAUUCGGAACCUUCCAUUUACAUGUACAGAUGAGGCACUCUAUGAACAUUUUACUCAGUUUGGACCCUUGCGCUAUGCACGCAUUGUUGUCGAUCCGGAAACCGAACGCCCCCGCGGUACAGGAUUUGUUUGUUUCUGGAAAGUUGAGAAUGCAGUGUCGUGUGUGCGCGAUUCUCCAAAACAAGAAGAUACCAUUGCUGCGGAGAAGGAAAAAGCGAAGAAGGGCUCCAUUGCACUCAAACACUCGGUCCUGCAAAACGAGAACGCUGAUCCGACUGGACGUUAUACGCUAGAUAGCCGUGUGCUACAAGUUUCCCGUGCCGUGAGCAAAUCACGAGCUACGCAACUCGCAGAGGAAGGAAUGUCACGACGCCUUGUUCGCGAUACUGAUAAGCGCCGUCUGUAUCUUCUGUCAGAGGGAACUAUCCCAUCGGAUUCCCCCUUGUACAAGAAGCUCUCGCCGUCUGAGAUUAAGAUGAGAGAAGACAGCUUUAAACAACGACAAAGUUUCAUCAAGAAGAACCCGACGCUUCAUCUUAGUCUGACGCGACUGUCCGUUCGGAAUGUCCCCCGUCAUGUUACAUCGAAGGACUUGAAACAGCUCGCUCGGCAAGCCGUUGUCGGUUUUGCGCAGGAUGUUUCUGCUGGGUUGCGCCAACCUCUAUCCAAGGAUGAGUUACAGCGUGCCUCUGAAGAAAUGAAGGAAGCCGAGCAGCUGAGAAAGAGGAAAGGCCUCGGAGUUGUAAGACAAGCUAAGAUUGUUUUUGAAGGACGGGAUGGUAGCAAGGUUGAGGAGGAUAGUGGCGCCGGAAGAAGCCGAGGUUAUGGUUUCGUCGAGUACUUUACCCAUCGACAUGCGUUGAUGGGUCUCAGGUGGCUUAACUGCCACGCUGUUGAAGCCCCCGCGACCGGGUCCGAUGAUGCUAAGGACAAGAAGAAACGGCUCAUCGUUGAAUUCGCUCUUGAAAACGCCAAUGUUAUUAAACGCCGCAAGGAGCAACAAGAAAAGAUGAAUUCCAGGAAAGACGGCCAACACAAGCAGGACUCGGCGAAAAAUGGCGAAUCACAGAAUAAAGGAUCACCAAAUGACAGGAAGCGAAAGCGUUCCGAGAGCAAUAGCGAUAAAGGGCAGGACGGGGCCGAUACGGAAGAACAAAACAAGAUUGCUAAACGCAAUCGCAUCAUCGCGAAGAAGAGAAUGCAGCGGAGGACCCGGAAGGGAAAGGCAUAGUUGGGCGCCUAAAAGUUAUACCUGGCUAAUUUUGUACACAAGCAUUUGUUUGUAAUUAUUUCUGCUCGAGUUAUAGACAUGGACUGCCACCGUAAGUGAAACGAAAAGCAUCUGCGAUGCUCCAAAAAACAUACGAAAUGAAAAUAGCUCAAUUCCAUGGGUAUAGUACCUAUUCCUAAAUAUAAUGAUCGCCCACCUGCGAACUCCCUCCCCGACUUCUAUCUCAGUGGUUUGUAGCGUCUUUCACCUUUCCAACGACAUUAUAGCGCUUGCUGAAGAACGUGAACCAUUCAUCCAGAACCGUCUUCUCCUUAUCUUCGAGAUCAUACCAGUCAGGUCUGCAAUCCUCAGGCUUCAGAGAUGAACAGGCGAGAGCCCGAGAAGGAUCUUUCCCCGCAAAUACUGCAACAAUCAUCAACGUAUAUUCAUAAAAAGGAGGAAACGUAGGACGGAUCUCAACGAUAGAACUGGGGAACGGAUAAGCUACCUCGAUAGGAACCGCCAGGGCCG